UAUUUAUAGUGCAUCUUGUGCAUAAACCCAUUCCAAACUAAAAGGAAGACAAAAUUAAUUGGUAGUGCCAUGGCGCCCAUUCAGAGCAACGGGCAACAUGCCACCAGCUCGCUCGAUGCUCUGAGCGAGCUCUACGGCAACACCUUCUCCGUCAUCAAGUCCAUGGCUCUCAAGGCCGCCUUGGACCUCGGCAUCGCCGACGCCAUCCACCACCACGGCGGCGCCGCCACCAUGGCCCAGAUAGCCACCAGGGUCACGCUCCACCCCUCCAAGAUCCCGUGCCUGCGCCGCCUCAUGCGCGUGCUCACUCUCUCUGGCAUCUUCGCCGUCCAGAAGCCGGCGCCCGGCGAUGCCGCAGCCGAAGCCGACGAGGCGCCCAUGUACACGCUCACGCCGGUGUCCCGCCUCCUCAUCGGCGCCGGGAACCAACGACACAUGAUGUCCAUGCUGCUCCACCCGUGCUUCAUCGCCCCCUUCUUCCGGAUCAGCGACUGGCUCCAGCUCGAGCUGCCUGAGCCGUGCAUGUUCAAGCACACGCACGGCCAGAGCUUCUGGGAGAUGACCAACGAGGACGCCGCGUUCAACACGGUCGUCAACGACGGGAUGGCGUCGGACAGCGCCUUCAUGAUGGACAUCCUGGUCAGGGAGCACGGCGAGGUGUUCCAGGGGAUCAGCUCGCUGGUCGACGUCGCCGGCGGGAACGGCGCGGCGGCGCGGGCCAUCGCGAAGGCGUUCCCCGAGGUGAAAUGUAGCGUGAUGGACCUCGCCCACGUCGUCGCCGACGCACCCAGGGGGACCGGUGUCGAGUUCAUCGCCGGCGACAUGUUUGACAGUAUUCCAGCAGCCAAUGCUGUCUUCCUCAAGUGGAUUAUGCAUGAUUGGAGUGACAAUGACUGUGUGAAGAUACUUCGGAACUGCAAAAAAGCCAUCCCAUCUAGAGACGCCGGUGGAAAGGUGAUAAUCAUGGAUAUAGUGGUCGGAGUUGGCCCAUCUGACCAAAAGCACAGAGAUGUGCAGAUCUUGUUUGACGCGCUCAUCAUGUUUGUCAAUGGCGUUGAGCGAGAUGAACAGGAGUGGAAGAAACUUUUCGUUGAAGCUGGAUUUAGUAGCUACAAGAUCAUGCCAGUCAUGGGCUUCAGGUCAAUCAUCGAGGUCUAUCCUUGAACUUGUUACUCAUUCUUCAAUGAGCAGACGUCCGUUGGCUAGUCUAUAUCAUGUAUAUUUAUUGUUGUGAAACUAGACAAAAUUGUGUGUGCUCGCUUGGGUUGUUUGUGAUUAAUUGUGAUCAUUCCAAAUAAAUAAGUGUGGUGUAACUUUUUAUAUAUAAUGGACAACAUCCCGCGCUUUACUGUGGAAUAUAUAUGCAUGAAUCUAUAUGAUGUUGUACAAA